CACUAAUCAAUCAUGUAUUACUUUCUUCAGUACUGUUUAACAAGAAAACAUAUGCUGAAAAUGGGUGGUGUGAAGGUAGUGGUGAGAGGUGGCUUAUUAGUAGCGUUAACGGUGGUGUUGUGGGUGGCAACAAAAAGCUCAGCCACCGUAGACUGUGUGACAGUGACGACACUUGUAUCAACAUGCUCUGCUUUUGUACAAUACGGGACACCAGAUCCGUACCCAGGGUCCCCAUGUUGUGAUGCGGUGGCUAGUCUUAAUAACCUCGGUGACUCCGAAGAAAACCGGCGCUCUUUAUGCAUGUGUUUAAUGGGUGUCAUUACCACUUACAAUCCCAAUGCUACCGCUAUUGCCACCUUGCCUGGCUUCUGUGGAGUGUCUCUGGGCUUUACCAUUGAUCCCAAUACCGAUUGCAAUUAUGUAUGAGUCGGAUAUCUUGGCAAACAUGCAUGCUUACGAAUGCGAAAGAAGGUUAUUUAGGAUGGUGGAUCUAUAUAUUACAGGAUGUAUAAUAAUUACUCCUUGUUAGUAUAUUAUUUAACAGAUGUCAUCGACCUCGAACUUUUUGUGUUAAAACAAAUCUUGGAAUAAGAAC